UUUCGCGUGAUCGUGAACGAAAGAAUAGAUCGCGGCGAAUCUUUCUUUGGAUUUUUCGUUCUUACGUUUCCACGAGAAAAAAUGCCGAGAAGCGUCAGCAGGCCGUCGAUGCAGAGCCAUUACGUAAUCGACGAGGCGGAGUUGAUCGAAUUCGUGAAACGCAAUCCCAUUAUGUACGAAACUAAUUUGCGGGAUGAUAUCGCGUGUUCGGUAGACGCCAUGUGGGAAAACCUCGCCGAUAAAUUUAAUGCGCCAGUGGAUGCGGUGAAACAACGAUGGUUGAAAAUCAAGGAUUCGAAUAAUAGGAGGAAGAGCCUGCGAGCGCAUAAUCUCGACUUUUUGUCCGCGCCUUCGUUGGAUCUGCAGAACGACAACAGCUGUCCAAGCAGCACCUGCAGCUCGCCGAAAGGCGGGAAACGGAGCACACGAUCCAUGUCCCAGCACUCGCAGCUAUCAACAGCCUCGGAGUCGGGCCGGACCAACUCGACUUUGGUCUCAAACGCUGUCACGCAGCCGAAGCAGGCCAACGCGAAAUCGCGAUCAAGAAUGAGCACGGCUAUCCAGAAAGACGAGCUGUCGAUCCGCGAGAGGCAAUCGGUGGAGUCGAAUGUCCGCAGGUAUCAAGACAUAUCCUCCAUGACGGAUAGCGUACGACCCGCAAUAUCCGAUUCUUCCUUCGCUCCGAAGAGCCUGAUAAUGAAGAACAACGCCGCCGAGUCCAUGCGAGCAUUCUUCGAAAGUAUGGCAAUGACAGUGCUAACCUUCCCUGCCCAUAUCCAAGCAAGCCUGAAAAUUCGAAUCUGCAGUAUAAUCACUGAUGCAGAAUACGAUUUAUCGACUAAAACGAUGUAACAUGUUCAGGCGAUUAUCAAUCGUUCAUCGUUCAUUCUAUCAGUUCGCAUUUGCUCUGUAAUACUUAACCACGCUUUUGUGUUAACGUUUCACGCCUAGGUGGUCAUUUUUUUUCGUUCCAGAAACCGACUUUACAGUGAACAAUGCACGGUUAGGGUUGUUACAAUUUGCAGUUACUCAGUAUCGGUAAUGUCCCGCUUUGUUGCAUUCGGUUUUGUUUGAACAUUGUUGUUGAGAUGUACAGUU